AUGAAAAAUUUGAAACUUCAUUUUUCUUCGAGUGUGUGAAUUGAAUCGUGACAAAACGCCGGUUGAACGUGAAACCAGGUCUCUUAUGUCAUCAAUAGAUGGCUUUUGUUAUUCUAACAACAGCAUGGCUACUCGAUUUUAUCAAGCAAGACGCUUUGCGUCAACAAUUGAAUCCGUAGCAAAAUCUUUAAGAGAUAAAAGCUAUCUUCGUCCACACAAACCUUAUACUCCUCCCGCUGAUGUCGAGCAAAAGCUCAAUACCAUUUUUGAAAGCCAAUUGGGAUCAAAUUCAGCACAGAUAAGUAAUGGUCGCAGUAAGUUUAAAGUUCUUAGUGCCUGCUUCAAGGAAUUCAACCACGGAAUCCCUAACUCCAGAUUACAUGAAAUUACAACCACAGAUGACAUUAGAAGCUUUUACCUGCAAGAAGUAGAUAUAAGAGUUCCUUUGGAAAAAUUCAAAUCAAUUGAUCUCCCACCGAAUGUCUCAAUCCAGUAUGAAUACCAUCGUUUUCAUCCAGAGACAGACACCAUGUUUGGUGGUGUCAGUGCUUUCCCAAGAAGGUCCACUAUAGUCACUGGAUUGUCUUACAAGAAGAAAUAUGCAGGCUACACAUCAAAACCAUUAUGGCAUUAAGUCAUUACUUGUAUUCAUAUUGAACAUAGUGAUAGAAAAACAAUAAAUGAAGAAAAAAAUUA